GUAUUAGAUAUGAUAAAUUAUCACAUCCAUAAAGGAGAGGAUCCAAAUAAAAUAAAGUCUACAGAAACAGAAAAAACAGUACUUCAUUAUGCCGCUGAACACCAAUAUAAUACCGUCGCUGAAACGCUGCUAGAACAGGAAAUGAACGGACUUGCUAAGGAUAUAUCUAAAAAAACGGCUUUAGGUCUUGCAAUAAGGAACAAGUCUGAUGACACGAGUGCUGUCAUUGCUAGAAAUAUGAAACCACUUGAAUUAAGAAUAUUGUUUGGUACAAUGUGGGAGGGAGAUCAGAAUGAGAAGCAAGUGGGAAAAGAGUUCAACUUAAAUGAGGAAUUGCUUAAAAAUGAUUGCGAUUUCACGGAGACAAUACGGGUUGUUUUCGAUAGUCUGCAAAAGCCCUCAAAGAAUGGUCCAGAUCAGUACGAUGUUAAACCUUUGAUAGAAGAUGACCAAGGUAGAAUGCCAGAUGCGUGUGAUUUCAACUACAGUCAUCAAACUGGUUUCCAAAACAUAGCGGAAAAGGGUCUUAAGAAUGUUGUAAGUCAUCCAAUGUUUAGAUUGUUGAUCAACUAUAAGUGGAAGACUUGGGCAAGAAGGAAUAUUGCGCGGAAUUUUGUUCUGCAUAUCCUGAGCUUGAUCUCGUUGACAGUAACAGUUGCUCUUGCGGGGACCGCUUCUGAUGUAAAGGCAUACGACACAAGUUCACAGCGGGCACGUGCAUUUUUUGAAGUGGUCUUAUUUUGUUUUGUUAUCAAAACUAUUCUUCUUGAAAUUUUCCAAGUUGUUAGGCAUGGAUUUAAAAUUUACUUCAAAGAGCGUCUCAAUUGGCUGGAUCUGGCUUCAGCAUUACUCCUGGUCAUUGUUAUUCCUGUUCGUUACAUUAAUAUAGAGGCGCAUUGGUAUAUUUUUGCUCUCGCCUAUCUACUUUGGGUGAUCAAAGUCUUUAAAUAUGUCGUACUUUUCAGGUAG